AUGGCGUCGGGCAGCUCGAUGCCCUUCUCCUCCCUCCACCCGAUCCCAACGGGCAGUCGCAAACCCAAGAGCCUCGGCGAGUUCAUUGCCCGCGUGCAAUCAGACCGCGGUUUUCGAAACGUUACCGAGGAGAGUCUCAGGAAGGAGCUCGAGAAUAAGCAGAAUGAUGCGGCAGAGGUGAAGGAGGAAGAUACGGUCAUGGCCGAGGGAAUCGACGACAGCGAGGAGCCUCCAGAUGCUGGCGCGGCGCGAAUGGAGGUGCUGAGGAAUAUCGAUGUCGCGCAAAACGCCGCUCUCAUGACCCUCGACUUUGUCUCAUUGCUGCUCUCGAAAGAAAGCCCCGCCCAAGCUGGCGUCACCCUCUCCCAAGCAUUGCGUGAAUGGACCGGCAUAGGCACCCUCGGGAUUGCGAAGCGCGAGGACAACGAGGAACAGAAACAAAGAGACGCCGAGCGCGCCAAGGACAACCGCGACGUGUCUCUAGGCUGGGCACUGCUCGACAUCGAAACGACGAAGGCGUCGGCGGACAAGGCGGCGAGCCAUCUGAGCAAAGAAGUCGAACGCGAAGCGAAGUACUGGAACGAGGUGCUAGCAGUGCAUCAGGCCGGAUGGUCCAUGUGCAGGCUGCCGGCGGAACGACAUACCCUCGGGGUGAGAUUUGGGUUCUCAGAAGCUUCGCCCGAGUUCAGGAACAGCAGUCUUGCGCCCCUGCGACGCGGCGACGACGGCACAGCAUUGUUGCAGCAUGGCAGAGUCGGUGCCGGUUCCCAACGUCUCUCCAUCACCGUGAGCAGAUCCGGUGAGACAACCGGCCGUCUAGCCAUCGGAUCUUCAGUGCCGGACUCGGCCCUCCUGCCGGACCGAGUUCUCGAAGCCCGAAACACCAUCUUCGCGCAAGAGCUCUGGCACGAGCUGCAUCGCGAAGCUCAUUCGCUGGCCUCUUACGGAGUGCGCGCGAAUAACGACUCCAUCAAUUUCAACCCUGCCUCCGGCCCAAGUCUGACACUCGAGCUCGAGUCGCUCGAGGACAAUGUUGCCGUUGCGAGCACGUCUGACGACAAUGUACUUGCGGAAGCGACACAUCUCGGCCUCCACAUUCUCCUCAGCCAUGCCCAUCGUCUGAACGAGCUUCAGCGCCUACGGCCGACGCCUCCCCAUCAGAGACGCAACCAGGCCCAGAACCAGUACCACCUACUGAGACCCAUCAUCGCCAAGAUCCUAUAUGACCGCUCCGUCGAGCAGGUCACCAGCUUCGCCGGUGACAUCACCCGCAUCUUACGACGCGCCGGCGUCCAAACCGCCGCCUUCACCCUGACCACUCCGCCGUGCCCGACCGCCGACCUGAAGAACACCUCGGGCGGCGCUUCCAACCGCCCUAACGCCUCGCAGGCGCUUACCAACAUGCUUACAUCACCAGCGGACUUCCAAGUCGAGCUGACCCUCACCCCGACAUCCCGCCUCCAGAUCCGCGGCCGCACAUUCCUCCUCCCCCUGACGACAACACAGUUCCAGCUCCAACUCCUCCCCAGCCUCGCCGAGCCCCCGAACCCCGAACCCGCACCGAGCACCCUCCAGGUCUCCUAUCCCCCCUCGCGCGACCCGUACCCGGACUUCUCAUCGGUACAGCUGUACAUUGCCAAUGCUGCAUCCCACGCCCUGGCCGACCUCGCCAUGUCUUUCAUCCCUUCCCCCUCCUCCGAGCCCUCGGACCCUACCCUCGCCGAGUGGACCAAGUCCGUUCGCGGCACCGCCAUCCGCGACAUCGACACGGAGACGCGCGAGGUCCGCUUUGACAUCCUCGGCAACGGACCCCAGGGCCGCCCGACGCUCCAGAUCGGCGCCGCCUGGCGCGCCGGAGACAAGCCUCUCAUCAAGCGCUGGGCCUGGCCGGCCGUCGGCGAGGACGCCGGAAAGUCGGCUACCCAGCCGCACAUUGGCGACAUUGUCGCGGCAGUUGUCCAGUCUAAGGAGAUCUAG